UUCACCAGGAAUGAAAUCCAACCGCCAGGAACUCGUGUAAUAAAGGACGACGCAAAAGCAAAUGAAAUGUAGGAAAUAACCUAAAGGACGACUUAGUACACAAUUAAGAAAUAAGAUUAGAUGGACGCUCGUGGUCCCUGAACCAGAGAAUGAAAGGACAUUCAUGGGACAGUCGUCAGUAGAAACCAGAGAGAGAGAAUGAAUGGAAAAAAAUAUGAACUCCUUUGAUAAAGUCUCUAGGCUAUAGUUGGUCCUUCAUUAUCAACAUAGCAUUUAAAGUCAGUGGAACAUACAAUAACGAUGACUGAAGCGUGGGACAGAAAAGACGAAACAAGCUCGCGAUGAAUCUCUAGAACUUAAGAGGCAAAACUCCACAAAAAAGGAAAACAGUCUGACCUUCCGCAAGUGAAGACCCCCUAAGUGUAGGGCGUAAUACACGGUGUAUUCGUUGUUGGAGGAGGUGGACAGCGAGCACGGAGACAGAUAGUUUUGAGAGCGAAACAGCUAAUUGCUGAGUCCGUCCCUCAUUUCCAUAUCUAGUGCGUGUCCGCUGGAUUUCAGCCAAUCCCCCUCACACAGCACCAUUAAUCGCAAUGCAUUAUUCACUAUCAUAAUUAUAUACCGACAUGCGCAAUCCACACAACAGCAACACCAGCUAAUUUCCGUAAUUUUGCAACUCGACUAUUUGUGAACAUUUUUUUAUUCGCUCGCUGCUGAUGUAUCUGCAAAAAGCAGAAACAAGUCUCAGCGUACCAGCAGCAUGUCCCGCCGCAAGCAAGCAAAGCCACAGCAUCUCAAAUCGGACGAGGAACCGACACUAGCAGGGGUAGUUUCGGAAAAUGCAGCUCCAGGGGAAGGAGUGGAUGAUGCAGACAGUGGGAACGAGAGUCGGAGUGGGAGCGAAGAGACCCAUGUGUGCGAAAAGUGCUGCGCCGAAUUCUUCAAGUGGUCCGACUUCUGCGAGCACUUGAACAGCUGCACCAAGAACCCCCUGGUGCUGAUCGUGAAUGAAGACGAGGCCACACCCGACGCACGGGAGUACCCUGCUCAGCCGUCCCCGGCUCCCAGUUGUCCCAGCGACCCGGCCGACAGCGAGGACGCCGAGGACAGCCGAACGGUUACCGAGGGCGACGAUGGGUGUGCGGAGCUAGCACUCCAGGGCGCAGCCGAAAAGGAGGACGAGCCCAUGGAGGUGGAGGAGUCCCCCGAGAAGAUGGUCGAGCCGGAGGAACUGGAGGCCUCACCCCCGCCGGAUGUUCCCCUACCUCAGAUUGACGCCCCGUCCUCCCUGACCAGCUACGCCAUGCCAAACACUAACGUGACCCUCGAGACCCUCCACAGCACCAGGGUGGCCGUGGCCCAGUUCUCCCAGAGCUUCCGGGCAGCGACCGGCGGGGUGCCCACUGUGGCCAUCCCCAUGAUCCUGGAUCAGCUGAUGGCACUGCAGCAGCAGCAGAUACACCAGCUUCAGCUCAUCGAGCAAAUCCGCAGCCAGGUCGCUAUGAUGAACAGGCAGCCCCUGCAAGCCGCCUUGACCUCCUCCUCCUCCUCCUCCUCUGGUGGCCCCCAGGGCCCCUCCUCAGUCCCCACCCCGAGCCAGCUUCAGCUCCAGGGCUUCAUCACACCCCCUGUCCACCAGCUGCCCAUCAGGAUGCCCUCUGCUGUUAACGGGCAGGCCUCCGUCUCUCUAACGUCUGCCCUGGAGGGUCCACAGUCCCACGCCUCCCAGGCCGGCGGUGGGCAGACCAACCCAGGGAUAAACAACAGCACUUCGGCUUCGGCCGGCUCCUGCCUCCCACCUUCUGGCUGCGGCACAAUCUCCUCUUCUCUGCUGCCCCCCUGCUCUCUUGCAAGUACGCACACAAAUGGCGGGGGAAGUGCAAAUGGCAGCUCCUCCUCCUCCCAACCAUGUCACUCAUCAAGCCCCCCUUCGUUGGGGCACAGCAGCAUGCUCGGCUCAUCUUCCAACUUGCCACUGCUACCUCAGAGCUCCUCCAGUAGCGUAAUCUUCCCCAACCCGCUGGCCAGCAUUGCUGCCACCGCCAACGCCCUGGACCCGCUCUCUGCUCUGAUGAAGCACCGCAAGGGGAAGCCGCCCAACGUCUCUGUGUUCGACACCAAGCCCAGCUCCGAGGACCCCUUCUUCAAGCAUAAGUGCAGGUUCUGCGCUAAGGUGUUCGGCAGCGACAGCGCCCUGCAGAUCCAUCUGCGCUCUCACACCGGGGAGAGACCCUUCAAAUGCAACAUCUGUGGCAACCGCUUCUCCACCAAGGGAAACCUGAAGGUCCACUUUCAGAGGCACAAAGAGAAGUACCCACACAUUCAGAUGAACCCUUACCCAGUACCAGAAUACCUCGACAAUGUGCCCACGAGCUCUGGCAUCCCCUACGGGAUGUCUUUGCCACCUGAAAAGCCUGUGACCACCUGGCUGGACAGCAAGCCUGUAUUGCCGACUGUCCCCACCUCAGUGGGCCUCCAGCUCCCCCCCACUUUGCCCAGCAUGGGGGGCUACUGUGAUUCUCCAAGCCUCACACCCUUGAGCAGGUCGCCACAGAGGCGCUCCCCCGAUUCCAGUGAGUGCACGUCCUUGUCUCCCAACCUCAUCACCGCUGAGAUGAGCCUGCCUCCAGCUCCAGAGUCCCCACAGCCUAACUUCAUCCCUGAUGGCCCCCCAGUCCUGAAACCAGAGGGAAUUCACCUGCCCCCCACCUGCACGACCAGGCCGGGAGAGUGCACUGCCACAGUGACUCAAGUUUCCCUGUCGGCCACCAUCACAACCACAACUACGACCCCACAGAUCAGCGAGCCCAUCACCCCUCCCUCCUCAGUCUCCAACCCCGUACUUCCAAUGAUGUCUGAUCAGUUCAAGGCUAAGUUUCCCUUUGGAGGCCUCCUUGACUCUAUGCAAACUUCAGAGACCUCGAAGUUGCAGCAGCUGGUGGAGAACAUUGACAAAAAAAUGACCGAUCCCAACCAGUGCGUCAUCUGCCAUCGUGUGCUCAGCUGCCAGAGCGCCCUGAAGAUGCACUACCGCAUCCACACAGGAGAAAGGCCUUUCAAAUGCAAGAUCUGCGGCCGGGCGUUCACCACUAAAGGCAACCUGAAAACGCACUUCGGUGUGCACAGGUCGAAGCCCCCUCUCCGGGUCCAGCACUCGUGUCCCAUCUGCCAGAAAAAGUUCACGAAUGCCGUCGUCCUGCAGCAGCACAUCCGGAUGCACAUGGGGGGUCAGAUCCCUAACACUCCUUUGCCAGAGGGCUUCCAGGACAUGGACACUGAACUUUUUGAUGACAAGAGCUUAGAUGACAUGAGCAACUACGAUGACGAUCUGCUGGAUGAAAUGGAGCAGUCCAUGGAGGACGAGGCGGAGCUCAAGGAUGGAGACUUUGACCCCACCAAACCCCUGCUCCCGUACUCCUGUAUGUCUCCCAACUCCCCGCCCUCUGUUAUCUCCAGCAUUGCCGCCCUGGAGAACCAAAUGAAGAUGAUUGACUCCACCGUGAACAUGACCCAUUGUUUUGGCGGGCUGAAGUCAGCGGCAGAAAAUGGUUUCCUGGAGCAUGAUCGCUUGACAAAUGACUCUUCCUCAGCGAUAGGCGACCUGGAGAGCCAGAGCCCGGGGAGCCCGGCAAUGUCCGAGUCCUCCUGCUCCAUGCAGGCCCUGUCCCCAGCGCCUAGCCACGCUGAGAGCCUCCGCUCUAAGUCGCCGGGUCCCAACAACCCUGAAGGGACUCAGGAGACGCCUGCCACUGUCAAGUCAGAGAAAUCAGAGACUCCCUCACCUGCCCCGCUGCCUGAAAAUGGGGGGGCACUUGAUCUAACGGCAACCCCACCCGGCAGACCCUACAUCAAGGAGGAGAGUCAGUUUGGAAUGCUGUUUCUGAGCAGAGAUCGUGGCCCAAGCCACAGUACUCCAAGUCUUGUUACCAGCUCACCCAGCAUGAUCAAAAUUGAGAUGAACGGGCACAGCAAGCCGAUCCCCAUAAGCGAAGGCCAACAUCUGCCGGUCGGCAUCCAGGUUUCCGUGGCACCCCAGACAACAAUGAGCCCCAGCAUCACGCCCAUGCUGGCGCCGCCACCUCCCCGCCGGACCCCCAAGCAACACAACUGCCACUCGUGUGGGAAGAACUUCUCCUCCGCCAGCGCCCUGCAGAUUCACGAACGCACACAUACCGGUGAAAAGCCUUUCGGCUGUACAAUCUGCGGCCGGGCGUUCACCACAAAAGGAAACUUGAAGGUUCAUAUGGGUACCCACAUGUGGAACAAUGCCCCUGCCAGGAGGGGGCGCCGCCUGUCAGUGGAGAACCCCAUGGCUCUGCUGGGCGGCGACGCUAUGAAAUUCGGCGAGAUGUUCCAGAAGGACUUGGCAGCCCGGGCCAUGAACGUGGACCCCAGCUUCUGGAACCAGUAUGCCGCGGCCAUCACCAACGGCCUGGCAAUGAAGAACAACGAGAUCUCCGUCAUCCAGAACGGCGGGAUUCCCCAGCUUCCUGUCAGCCUGGGCGGGGGCGCCAUCCCCUCGCUGGGGAGCCUCUCCGGUGGCAUGGACCGGGCGCGCACCGGCAACAGCCCCCCCAUGAUCGGCCUGGAAAAAUCUGGCAUGGAGGUGGGACCUGGCCGCCCGUUUUCUAGAUUUAUCGAGGACAACAAAGAGAUCGGGAUCAAUUAAUAAAGCAAAGGAGGGUAAGGAGAAAGAGGAAAAAAAGAACAAAAAAAAGACUGCUUUAAGAUGCAGAAUGCAACUGUUUCAACUCUAUGUACUAUAUUAUGUACAGACUAUGUUUUUUUCAGUUUUGGAACUAUAGUAUUCGGUAUUUGGUAGAGAUUGGUCUAUCCUGCUCAUUGCUCCUUGCUGUCUUUCUCACACAAAGAAUACAUUGUUUCUUGUUUGAGAAUCUGUUGUCUUGCAAGAUUUGCAUGGUACUUCUUUGGUUCCUAUCAGUAUGUUUGACUGCAUUUGAGGAUUUUGUUUUUCCCUAAAUAUCUUUACGCAUUUGAUGAACUAGCCUCAAAUUUGUUGGGCUGAAAUGAAGAAAGAGGUCUGGUUUUCACUGCGCAUAGAGACUGGCCUUUGUCUAGUUCCUUUGUGGUUCACGGAUGCUCUUUACAUAAGGACCUUGAACUUAUGAGGUUAAAGUACAUUGUUUUAGUGCUCGCCUAAUAUUUUUUCUCAUGAAGUAGAAAACUUGAAAACUGUUUAAACUAUUUUAAUCUUUACAUUUAGUCCCCCGACAUUGUCUUAUAUUAAUGUCAAGUGUCUUUAGUAUUUAUAAUAUUGAAAAAAGCGGGUAUAAGAAAAUAUAUUUAAUAGCCCCAACAUUUUAUUGACCUUUUUUUCUUAACUGCAGACUUAAAAUAUAAAUGUCUCUUUCAAUAAAGACAAAAAUGUCAUUUCAUCUGAAGAAAAUAAACAUUGUGAAGUCUUAUUUGGAAAUCUGGCAUGAUCGUGUGUACCAUCACGGUACAAGAAGUAGAAUUUGAGGUAUUGUAAGCUGCUAUUUUGACAUUUGUGGUAUCACUAGGCAUUUGUAAAAUUGUCUGAAACAAUAUUUUCUGAAAAUUACAGACAAAUCUUAAACAACCAUCUGUGUAUACCCUGUGAUACAUUUAUGUCUAAAUGAAAGACAUCCUAUACAUUUGUUUUUGUGUAUGCACUUUUUAAGCAAAAGGUUUGUCUGUAAUUUCUAACCUGUGACCAAGUUAUCACGUGUUGUUUUAAUCUCUGCGAUUGGUGCUUUUGCCAAGUUAUAGCUUCAAAUCUUCCCCCAAAUAUUAAAGACAUUCUUUGAUAUAGUGUGAUUAAUGUAAGGAAGAUUUCCCUUAUUUGCAAUUAUUUUACCCUCAUUUGAUAAUCGGCCUAAACGUGCUUAUCCGUAUUUGUGACAGAAGCACUUGUAUUGCAGACCAGAUCUUGCAUUUUCCCAAACAAAAUGAUUGAGGAAUUUGUAAAAAUUAAUAAUUCACAGGGGUGUCAUAAAAGAUAAAUGUUUUUUUUUUUUUAAACCCUGUAUAAUCAUUAUAUAUCACACUUCAAAUUAUUUUGACCACUUUACAACUUUGACUGAUUCGAUCGCAAUCACUUAUUUAUUAUUUUGGCUCUCCUUCUACUCUAAGCAAAAGAUUGAAUCACUUAAAAACUUUAACUAACCGUGUAUGAUUUUGUAUACUACCUCAUUUUUUGUUGUUUUGGGUCAGCAUACCGCAUGGUGGAAUUCAAGAAUAUGGAAAAAGGAAAACUUCCUCAUGUAACCAACUGUAUAAGUGAACAGGGGUGUGACCCCUUACCCCCUUUAAUGAAACCUGGGACACAAACCCCCAACAACCUUUUUUCUGACUCUGGGAUGGGAUGCGUAAUCUCAGUUGAGGACAAUCACAUGUAAGAAUCGCUCCGGUUUUCACUUUAAGGAGAUGUCCUGCUGCAAUUUCCCUAAUUAAGAAAAAAAUAACAAGAGCAACAACUAAAAGAUGAUACAAUUUUUGAAUAUUUCUGCAGUGUGGUCUUCCAGUAAAUGUUUACUUUUACUGGACAAAGUGAGGACUCGGCACAUCAGGAAUGAUUCUUUGUGUGUCAUGUGAAAUCUUAUUUCCUUCACUGGGAUGAGAAAAUGUACCCAGGAUGUGAUUGACGCAAAAAAAAAGUAAGAUGGCGAAAUAACAGUGUAUUGAAUCUGAUGGAUGAUUGAUUGUUGAAAGUACAGCUCAGACCGGACCCAUUUUGUUUUAAGAAGCGGGGGUGGGGGUUCUGUCUGUUCCUCCCAGCAUGGUGAAAAGAGACUAUUUUUAUACUGUGAUACCAUGAGGGGUAGGAGGCCUCCUCUACCCCUGAACUGCUUGGGAAUUUCAGAUAAAAUAUUUUUAAUUGGUAUAAACCUUAGUGGCUUGACACAUCUACUGAGUGAAAUGGAUGUUGUAGUCUAGGUUACUAUUUUUGUCACGUGAAAUUGAAUAAAAUCCAGGAAGCUAAUAUUACACUAGAGGUUUCUGGACUUUUUGAAUAGGAUUUGUUUUGGCAGCAACGUUUCAAGAGCUGCUUAGGUGGCAAAGUACAAUCCUGUUCCAAAAAUUUUUCACUUGUGUUUCUGGUUCAUGGUACACAAUGUGCAAAACUGUUGUCCUGUUGUACACGUAUGAGGAUUCAAUAUGGACAAACGUGCUGGCAUUUCAAACAGGCAGAAUUAGUAUGCUGCCCUGGCAGUUAUAUCAGUCAUUAAAGUUUCUGUUGAUGCGUC